AUGUCGUAUCCAUCAUCGACGCGCAUCGGUGGCAGCGCUUUCAACCACCAGCAAUCUGGCGACUCCGAAGCCGAGUACGAUAGGUUGAGAGACCUGGCACGAAAGGAACACGGCAAACGUCAACAUGCUUCAGCCGAAUCUCAGAAGGCAUACGCGCGUGGAGAUGGAGGUGCUGCUCACGACUUGUCGCAAGAAGCCAAGACCCAUGGACAAAAGGCGGACGACUACAAUAGACAGGCAUCUGAAUACAUCUUCCGCGAAAACAAUGCUGUAGGCCGAGUGGAUGGCGAUACAAUCGACCUUCAUGGUCAGUUUGUCGAAGAGGCUGAGGAGAUCUUGGAACAAAGAAUCAAGUAUGCAAAGAGCACCGGUCAGAACCAUCUGCAUGUCAUUGUCGGCAAAGGUAACCACUCUGUCAACCAUGUUCAGAAGAUCAAGCCGCGUGUAGAGCAGAUCUGCCAGGAGCAAGGUCUUCAGUACCAUACCGAGCAGAAUGAAGGCAGAAUCUACAUCAACCUCACUGGUGGAGCUGCAGUUCCUCCUGCUGGAUAUGGUCAACCCCAGCAGUACGACCAGUCUCACCAUGGAAAGCCUCAAUACCAGACUGCCUACCCGCUCAGCAACCAGGGCCAGCACAGUCAGCAGGGAUACCCAUCUCAACAGCAGGGUUACCAGCAGAAUCACCAACAGCAACAACAAGGAACCCAGCAGAUGGACUACGAAGAGGAGAUCAAGAAGAACCUUCCCAAGUCAUGUAAUGCCGUCGAGCAGUUUCUGGACGUCGCAUUUGCUGUGUCUCUUUUAUCGUUAUUUGCCUUUGCUUUCUUUUCUUCGUCGAUACCCAAGGGCACUGCUAUGGUUAUGGGUGAUUCCGAGAUCCCUCGUCGCCCACAUACACUGUCCGAUCGCGGUCACCGUCGCAUCGGUCAAGAGACCACUUUCUCGGCCAACGUCGCGCGCCCUGACGCUGCAUCGCAUCAAGGACCUGUCAGAACACAGCAGUCUCCCCAUCGCACUUCUAUCGGUGGCUCGAUCAAUUCGAGCGAGUACUCGGGUGUGUCCCGCCACGUAGAAAGGGCCACUAUAUCUCUCUCGCGCUCUAUUGAGACCACAAGCGCGCCGGAGAAGACCACGAGGGUUACCAAGGUCUAUAGGGGACUGUCUCGUAUCGCUACAAAGAGUAGCACAAACCUUGCCGAUCUCUCCUCGGCUACUAAGGAGAAGUUUAAGGACUUCAAGCUCACAAAGUCUAAGAGCACCUUCAAUCUCCCUGGUCUGCUCCCCUCCUCUGCCCCCGACGGCAACACUCCGCCACUACCGCCCCUUCCUUCGAAUAUCGCUCCGCCUUCAGACAGGCGUGUUGUGUCCGCCUCUCCUGCUGAGAGUGCAAGUGCAAUUCCUACCAGUGUGGAACCCCCAGCUCCCAAAUCACCUUCGAGAUGGACCAAGGCUCGCCGCAGUCUGGGCAAGCGAGUAUCAAUGUGGCCAGAAGCAGUGAGCCUCGACAAACCUCGUCAGGGUCCGUCACGACCUCCCGGUCGACUGGUUACCAAUGCUCUUGGCAGCCCGGUAGCUCCACGCAAACGCUCCUCUCUUUCACACACACUCUCGUCUCCUCACAUAACGGAGCCUGUCGUUUCCACUACUUCGUCUUACACCCAAUAUUCUCUUCUAUACACGCUGACCAUGGCCGCGUCUUCGCACCCAGACGAGGCUGGUCACAACUUCAAGCCCAUCAUCAUUGACGCCUCUGGGACUCCCAGGUCUCCGCACACCUUUGAACCCCUCGGUCGUGCCAAUUCGCCUUCGCAAAAGUCUCCUUACAACUUCAAGCCGGUCACCGUCGCCGAGUCACUUUGGCCGAGAUCCCCUCGUGAUCUCACACGUAUGCUCAACGACGAUGUUCCUUCACACAAGGCUGCUCGCGAUCACAUGUCUGCCGUGGUCGCUUCGUCACCCUCGAUCACAUCUCCUCAAGACUUCGGACGUAACAUGUGGUCGGGUUCGCCCGCUCGGACUGGCCGCCCACUCACCCGGCUCGCUUCAUUGCCCGCUGUCGUUCCAUCUUCACCCUCUGGACGUAGACAUGAGGCACUUCUGAUCGGACCCGAGCGCAUCUUUUCGACCGGCUCACCCGCCCAAACAGGUCGCACACUGACCCGAAUCGCUUCGUGGCCUGCUGUGACCGGACCUGAGCGUGCCGGAGGUGUACCCGAGCGAAGCAUGACCAAGGCCGAGUGGGUCGCUGCAUUGAAUCCUUAUGCCAAACCAUUCGAUCCUCGUUCCGGCCCUAUCGAUCAGCGUACCGUACCUCCGACUGUCGAAGUAGCCAUGCCUAACGGACUGAAUGGCGACAACCCUUUCCCGCGCCCCUAUGGCGGAGGCUGGCGUAACGACCCUUAUCAUCUCUACGAUCGUGUGCCACCUUCCGUUCUCUUGAUCGACCCGUACGCUCCAUCCGACCUCUCGAAGCAGCCAAAGAAGAAGAAGAGCAGCCGUAACUACUAUGGAGGCCGCUCGGCAGCCCAGAGAGAGUCCACCAGAUAUGUGCACAGCAUGAUCAGUGGUGCAACGCAGGAGGUCUAUGAGAUGACCGAGUUCUCAACUCCAGACUUCGCCACGCCGACAGUCCCUGCUGACACAGACACGAGACGCAUCGUGGGCACUGCUGUCACUAGCUUGCAAUCGGUCAGAAAGGAUCUCAAGGUCAGGAAUGUCAAAGCCCGCGAUCCUGGUGGCAACACUUACCUCUACGAGCAAUCUUAUGUGCCUCGCUUCACCAAGCAUUCUCUCCGUCCAUCAAAGCGCACAGUCAGCGUUCGCAACUUCUUCAGUCGCCGUCUCUAUGGUAGACCAGGCGAUGGUUCCAACCUGCUCAUGCCGCAUGUUCCAUACCCACCUGAAAUUGUUAUUCCUGGCGUUGACGACGUCAAGUCGCCCGAGAAGAUCAAGAGUGGUAAAAAGUCGAAGGAGCAUCUUUCCGACGAGGGCGAAGACAAGGAUGACCGCACAAAGAGAGUUAUCGCACAUCUCGACAAGCAGACAAAAAAGGCCGAGAAGGCUCGCAAGGAAGUAGCAAAGGGUAAAAAGAAGGCGGUCGACAAAACCCCAACCAAAGCCGAUCCCAACUACAACCACGAGUCUGCCGGUCUUGGUAUUUACAUGCCUCCUUCGUCCCUUACUGGUCUCGGCCCAUCCAUUCCCCCGGGAUUUAAGCAGCACGCUCCCGCUGCUUGCGAUCGCAUCAAGCAGCGUGAAAAGACUGAACGCAUCCAGAGAGCCGACGACGCCAAGAAGAAGCGCGAAGAAGACGAAAACAAUCAACGCGUCCGCGACUGGAGCAUCAAACUAGGAGCCGACAAGAAGCAAGCACGCGAAGAGCAGAAGAAGGUUGACCGUGAAAACAGAAAGGAAGAACAGCUUGCGACCGCAAAGCAAAAGACAGCGGAGUUCACACCUCCGACCGGAUUGCAGAGCUGUGGAAACGAGCGCUCGGAGGUCUCAAAGGAGGAGGAUGAUGAUGAUCUGUACAGUGUCUCGCCACCUCGCAUCCGCACCCCCAAGCGCUACAGGGACUACCAGUUCGAGGAAGCUGAACAGCUCGUCACGCCCAAGUCUCCUCAACAAAUGCAAUACGAAGCCGACAGAGCCGCUGGUCUGAUCACUCCCAAGACUCCCAGAACGCCUACCAUGCCAUGUGUAAAGGAGGAACACGGUGAUGAAGAUGAGGACCAUGCUGCCGACUUGCCUCACAGCAUCAAGGGCUACCUUUGA